AUGAACUCGGCUGCAUCAGAACUUCCACCCAUACUCGUUGCUGCGGUGCGAUCCGGGUUCGACGCAUUCGUCCAGUUGCAGAGGGUUCGCUUUAGCAAGUGCAACGAGGACCUUGCCAAGUCGCUCGCGGGGGGAUUUGGGAUUUCUGGGCCUGCCACCACCACCGCCGCUGUAAGCACCGUCAAUAACAACAGCAGCAAUAAUAGAAGCACAGCGGCCUUCCCACAGACAUUAAGUGAGUGGUCCGAUUUGCUUCUGUCGCGGCUGAAGGCGAUUGAGGAUCUGGCAGUUGUGGACCCGACGGCGGAGGUGGUGUGGGAGCUUGUCUCUGUCGUGCUUGCCAUCCUGGAGAACGGCGGCGACGAUGGAGUUAACGCGAGUGAGCCAUACCUGGCGUGGUACCGCAGUCGGUUUGUGUCUGUGGACGCCAUUCACCGGCUGCAAAGCACAUUGGAUGAGGUGCCACCGCAAGCAGCGCUUUCGCCCGAGGAGGAGGAGGAUCUUUUUGAGGGUAUUCUUGGACCCUACAUGAUCUCCAUUCAGCGUGCCUUCCUUGCUGGCCUGUAUCCUGCCGCUGCAGCCCUCAUUAGCUCGCUCGUAGACUACCUUCGGGCGCGUGUUGUAGACCCCUUUAAUGCUGAAGAGGAGAGUACUUUGGCCGACGUGAUUCGUCUCUUCUUGGAGACACCAAAAAGCAGCACAGAGCAUAGAGGGUGGAUGGAGGCAGCCAACCUUCUUGUCGUGGAUUGUAAGCGUAUCUUGAUGCCCUCAACUGAGGCAUCUAAUUUGAUUCUGCAGGCGGCGCAACAACUAAAGUCUUUAUGCCUGGAUCUCCUUUUAAUGGUAAGCGGUGAUGCAGCUCUGAUUCUGGAAACAUGCCAUCUGCUAGAGCUAGAUGUUAUGGAUUACGUUGCCGCGGUGUGCGCCGUUUGCAAGCCGUACAUGACUCUUCGUCAGUUGCACCACUUGUUUCAAAAUUCAUGGGAGUCGUGGAAAGGCGCUGUAGAGGGGCCGUGGUACGUUGGCGUCGUUGAGCGAAUAUUGGCUAGCCGGUGCAUGGCAGACGUAGCUUGCGCCAUGGAUCUUGUUGGAGAGGCUGUUCGUUGCAAUGCGUACUUGCCAACCUCGCCAAACGAAAACAGCAACAUUGCUUCUUCACAACUUGUUAACAGUCUGGAGGCGGGUGACGAGUCGUCAGGGGUGGGAAGCACGACGGAGGUAACUGUCGACCCAAAAUUACUCCGACGCUUUGCCUUGCUUUUCAUGGCUGCCCAUGUGGCUGACAUUUGUGCGCCCCCGCUUGGCGCCCCCGUAGAUCAAAUACAUGUGACUUUUAUUCGUAACAGACUUGUGGAAGACUUUGUUGCCGAAUUUCGACACCACCCACUGCUCUGGCGUACAGCAGCCAUGUAUGUGGUGUAUUCGCCGCUAAUGAACCCUGCCAUUUUGUACGGCAUUGUGACAGAACGGGCGGCAAGUGCCGUGAGUGAUCGCUACACAUUUUUGACUCUUCAUACUUUCAUUUGCUCGGCUUGGGAGGAAUCCAGUGACUUUCAGGUGGCACUGCGCCGCCUGCUGCACGACAAGUACGUAUUGAGCGAGACCUUAAAUAAGUGGAUUGCCUCCAUCGACUACUACCGACGCAAGGCGGUUGAAGUACUGCAUGAUAAUAUCAUUGAGGAGCGAAUGGCGUGCGGUGACACGGCACCUGCUGUGUGGUUGGCGGUGGAGUGUCAGCGAUCGAAACCACUGCAAAUACGCUUUGAACACAUCUUGCGGUCCUCGGAGGCGCUUGAGAGUGAGGAGGUCUAUCGUGUCGGGCAGGCAGUCAACAACAACUUUAUUUCAGUCGACACCAGCUCCAGUCUGCGCAUGCUGCAGGUCCUGCGUGUCUGUGCAGCCAUGUCGGAGUACCGCAGGGCCAUCGGCAGCCUACAGGUGCUUGACAAUCAAAUUGAUUCCGUGCCCGACACAGACACCGUCUGCUGGGUGCUGCGCACAGCGGAGAGGGCGCUUCGGUGCAUUGUGCCGUUCAGGGUGCACCCCGUCACUGUGUUCACACUGGUGACGCAGAUGGUAGAUGUUGCGCUCCGUCUUCCGGCAGGCCAACAGCCGAGCCAGUUCGUCCCGCUUCUCUCUCAUGCACUGGAGAUGGUGCUGACGUGCCACUCAGCCGAUCGACCCAAGCACACGGCCCACGCAGCCGUGAUUCGGGAGAAGGUCAUGCAGCUGUUGUAG